GCCUGGUCCGGUACGGCACACACGCCUUUGUUUGUCCCCUAGUGAAUAAUUUGCAUAAUAAGUUGGCACAAUUAGCAUGGCAAUUUGCAAGUGCAGUAAUCACUUUCACCAGGAGGAGAAAUAUUUCAGACAGAGAAAGCAUUCACAUCUUAACCUAGUUAUGCUCUCGAUUGUGGGAUUCGUCAUGCUUUUUCUGCCAAAUGGAGGACAGUGUCAUCACACCACGUUAUCGUCUGGGGAUAAUGGAGUAGCAGGAUUAAAGCAGAAUUUAAGAAACAUAAUCUACUGCAACUUUCUAAAAAAUGGUGAAAGCAGACCCCCAAUUCUCAGCCAUGUUCGCGUCUCUCGUGGUCCUGAUGACGGGAGUAGUGGCGACUUUGCUAGUGGCGAUUAUGACGACGAUUCGUCACCCUCGAGUCGUCCUAAAAGUCCUUUGACUUCCUUGUACCCCAUCAAAUCGCCGUCCUACCAGCACAAAAUGAACCACAUUUCCCAAUUCCACUCGACGCCGCACUACUCGUCCGACGUGACCUUCAGUCUUCGCCCCCUCUCCCACGCCGUGUACCCCGUGGCCGCCAUGCACGGGCGGAUGGGACGCCCCAGCCAUCAGAUGCAAACGAUCAUCCCGUCAUUGGAAAGUGAAAACGGUGGACAUUAUCUCGCUGCUGCAGAUGAUCCACAAACGCCCACGUUCACCCCGUACAUCGGAUCACGCAUUCUGAGCAACAUUCCCAAGUUUUUCGAACAUCUGCACGAGAACAUAAAGGCCAUCCACGACAGCUCGGAAGGGGAUGAUUCAUCGUCCUCCGUCUCGGUGGAGAAUGUAUUUUCGGACUCUGCGGAACACUCGCAUAUGGACAUGCCGUCCAGAAGAGGUGAUUACUUUCAGUCUGAUGGCCGUCUCUCGGUCGACAGUCGAGGUUAUCGAUAUGACACUGAUGAUGAAAAUCCGCAAGAAACGAGGGGAGGAGGAGGAGGAGGGCAGUUCGGUUCGGACGACAUGUUGGCAUUCAUGGGUCGAGAUCCCAAGUACAAGAAGGCAAACAACUACAAUCCUGCGUGGCUCUUUACGAAUCUUGGUCUGGGAAAGAGAAGUGUCCACUUUCACCAGAAGAGUAGAAAUACGAAUACACGCCAAAACGGGACUUCCCCUGUCUCAUUUGAGUGAUGACUUUCUCAACACAAAGAAAAUUUAGAACCAGAAAUUUUUAAUGGUUGAAAAGUAUUAUUUUAAGUAUUCAAGUAGGAUUAGGAUUCAUUUUAAUGUAACCGUUUCGUAUUCAGAGCAUGGACACUUACAUACGAAUCGAAAUUAGAAAGUUCGAUUUCUUGUGCCAUUCUAGUUAAAGAAAUCGUAAUUUUGAGAUUUUCUUAUAAUUUUUGUAAUAAGAUAUUAAACUUCUAUGUAUGUAUAUUCUAUUGUGUUAUAUAUAAAAUGUGAUAUUAUUUUUAGCAAAAUGUGAGUAGUAUACAUAAAUACGUGGUGAUAUUGUUAAUUGAUUCAAAUAACUUGUAAAUUAUAGUCAUGUUUCCAAUAAUAAUUAUUUCUAUCAGUAAGAAUUGUAACGGUUUAGCGACGAAAAGUGCGUUUUUAUGAAGUAAAAAAUAAAACCUUACUUAAAG